AUGGCUCAUGGAGGAGCGUGGACCCUCGACCAGAUGAUAUAUCUGGUAGUCAUGAAACUGGCCACCAGAUAUGGAUGGAAGAGGGUCGCGGAGGAGUUCAGAGCGAGAUUCGGGAGUGAGGCAACCGCCAAGGACGUUGAGUCCAAAUUCAACAAGGACCUCAAAAAGUCGAAAAUAUUUCGAGUCGUGAGGGAUUGGAUAGACGCAGAAACGAUCCCGGACGACGACAUCGAUGGGGUGUGCAUCCUCCUGGAUGCACUCUUGCUCUGGGGCGAGAUCCCCUCCGAGGAUCGUGUCUUCUGA